AUGGCUCAAAAUAUUGUGCAAGAAAUGGCUGCUUCAUUGCGGUCGAGCAAAGCGCAGUUGGAAGUUGUAAACGCUCAAUUGCUCCAGUUAGACAGACAAAAAAAACUGGCUCAAGUGACAGCCAAAGAAUUGGAUUCCUAUCCUGUGGAACAAGUAUGGAGGUCUUGUGGCAAAGCGUUUGUAUUGCAAGACAGAUCCAAAUACACAGAGGACCUUGGUAGCGACGAGAAACUUGUGGAAGAGCAACUCAAAAGUAUGAAGAUCAAGCAAAACUAUUUGCAGACCACCGUGGACAAUACCGUGGAGAGCAUUAGACGAGUUAUAGAACAAAACUAA